UAUAUUACUUUUUAUUAACUUCGGAUUAGCAUUCCUCGCUGACAACUAUCAAACAUCCGCUAAAGAAUGGAUCAGAACUUGUGGGACAUUGCUGUGCAACAAUCCAAAGAAAAUCAAGAUGAGGCUGAUGAAAACUCUGCUGUUUUUCUGCUGGGGAGUAAAAAUUCUGGAAAAACAUCAGUUAUUCUAAGAUUCCUUGACAGGGAUGAGGCACCUAAACCAACAGUUGCUUUGGAGUACACUUAUGGACGGCGUGCUAAAGGACACAAUGUUAUCAAGGAUGUUGGACACAUUUGGGAAUUAGGAGGAGGAACCUGGCUGUCCAAGCUUGUGGACAUUCCUGUGAACCCAGACACCAUAAUGCACACCACUAUAUUUCUUGUGCUUGAUCUUUCGCUACCAAAAGAACUCUGGUUCACCCUGGAAACACUCCUUCAAGCAGUAAAGUCGCGUGUAGAAUCUGUGAUAGCAGAGAUGAAAGCAGCAGACGCAGAUAUAAAACGCAAAUUGCAGAAGGCAGCUUGGCAACGAGUGGGUGAGGAUCAUCCGGACAAAAAUAUGAUGGAUCCAUUUCUGAUACCAUUAGUCAUUGUUGGCACAAAAUAUGACAUUUUCCAGGAGUUUGAUUCAGAAAAACGAAAAGUAAUUUGCAAGACUUUACGCUUUGUUGCCCACAUAAGUGGUGCCAGUCUUCAGUUCUUCAGCACCAAACAAGAACAGCUUGUGGCUAGAGUGAGGGCCCUGAUGAGCCAUCAUUUGUUUGGCACUACGGCCAGCAAAACUCUCCAGACAGAUCAUAAUAAACCAUUAUUAGUGCCAGCUGGUCUGGAUUCUAUACAACAGAUAGGCUCCCCGCCUUUGGCUGAUAAAGAUAUUGGCAGGGUUCAGGCAAAGACACCAUUUGAACUUUGGAAGAUUGCAUAUACAGGGUAUUUCCCACAAGAGCUAACCAACACUCAAGCGAUAGCUGAUGAUCCAUCAAAGGACAUACAGUACAAGGAGCAUGCUAUUGAUGUUUUACGUGCGCAGAAGGAUGAGGAGCUUGAAAGAUAUAAGAAGCUUGCAGAGCGACGGGCAAUGGAGGCUUUGAAUGCAUACCGCAGCUCUUCUGCAUACUAAGCUUACUGAUUUAUUCGUACCUUAUGGCAAUUUUGUUCAGUAUUUUUCUCCUUCAAGUCUGUUUCAUAUCUUUAUGUUAUUAUUUUUGAAUAUUGAUGCUGUUUCAUUUCCUUGUUGCUGUUAGCAGUAUACAGGAUGGCCUGCACAUUUGUAAAUAACUUAUUUUUAAAGUAUUGAAAACAUCUUUUUCAGUGUAUAGUGUUUUUUUCAAACAGUGAUUAGGAUAAUGAUCUCAUUUUAUAAACUAUUAUAUAGAGCUUACAUCACUGUCACUUCAAAGGAUUGGCACCUGGCAAUUGAGGCUAAAGAUUUAAAUGAGUAUAGAAGGCAAGAAAUGCUUCAACAUUGUUGUUUGUGCAGAGCUUUGACUUUUAGAGGGACACAUAUUUAUGAACUGUAAUUUCUCACAUUUAUACAACAUAUAAUCUGCUUUGACUAUGGAAAAAUACAGGGAGAAAUAAUGUCAGUGGUAUACCUAAGGUACAGACAUUCACUUUGCUGGCCAUAUCAUAACAUUUUUUUUUAAAGUCAGAAUUUCAAAUGCAAGUAAUAACAUUCCGUCCAAUCAGAAGGAGAAGGAAAAUUUAUAUGAAUGUGAUGCGUGUGUAACUGUUGUCAAAUGCUGUGAUUUGUGUACAUUUUUUAAUUGUUCCAAUGCAGGGUUUUUUCAUUAAAAUUAUGUUUAUAUUUUCA